CACUACGCCGCCUUCUCGGUGGGCCGCAAGAAGCCCCUGCACAGCAACGACUACUACCAGACCCUCAUCUUCGACACGGAGUUUGUCAACCUCUACGAGCACUUCAACAUGUUCACGGGCAAGUUUUACUGCUACGUCCCCGGGAUCUACUACUUCAGCCUGAACGUGCACACCUGGAACCAGAAGGAGACGUACCUGCACCUGAUGCGCAACGGGGCAGAGGUGGUGAUCCUCUACGCCCAGGUGAGCGACCGCAGCAUCAUGCAGA